AUGGCGAAAGGACGAUGCUUCCCUGUUGGCUGUAUGGAGGCCAAACUUAGCACUAAUUUUCCGAGACUCUAUCGAUUUGCCAACACCAAAAUGGCCCUCAAGGCAACUGGAAAGCCGAGUGCGAAAAGAUGGGACAGGACGUCUGUGCGAAUCUGUCAAACCAAGACAUUUUUCCUCAAAAUCGCGCCGAUUAUAUCUCAGGCGAAACCAAAUGACGGAAGCCCUUUGCAAUCGCUUCAAGUCCGAGUUUCAAACCCCUCUGGUCUGGGUGCACACGCAGGGGAAGACGAGUCGACGAUCAAGAUGGCCAAGAAUUACUUUGAAUCUGGCCUCAGAGACUACAUUGGAAAAAUACAUACUCCAUCAGUAUGGUAUAAUCUACUGACACCCCUUGGAUUAGGUCUCGAUGUGGCCUUGGGCACAGUAUUGGCGCAGAUGCUACGCUUUGUUACCGAGCAUGUUGAGGCACGAAUAACCCAAUGA